AUAGAUAUUCACUUUGUGUUAUUGGUAGACAGUCGCGUACGUCGAGUGUGAUUGGCCUCUUUGCUUUUAUUAUUUCUCGUGCAAGGGUGGUAGAUAAUGCUAAAGCCGUCGUAGUAGUGGAAGGUUGUUUGUUUCAUCAACAUUGUUUGUUCUUGAUCUACAAUGAAUAAGACUAUACAAUCAGGAUUGAUUAGCAAGUCUAAAGUUUAAACGGAAGAGUUAAAAAAAGAAUAACCUUGACACAGAAUAUGGCUGGUCCAGGUUUGGUGGUCAUGUUAGUGGUAGGAAUCGGCGUUGCAUCCUUUUUAUAUUAUAUGUUUACCGCUGAGCCUACAAUUCAACAACAAACACAUCAGUCAUCAGAUCAUUAUAUGUCACCUGAUAGCAACUCCUGGGAAAAUGAUAGUUCCAGAUCAAGACGAAGGAGGUUGAAUGCUCAGAAAAGCAAAUCCAUUAAAAAUACUUCCUGCACAAUAUGCCUGAACAACUUUGCAAUCACUGUUAAUGCCAGUGUGACUGUUCUGAAGCCUUGCUACCAUAAAUUUCAUACUGAAUGUAUUGCAAAUUGGAGAGAAAAGGGACCUGAGAAAACAGGAACCACGUGCCCUAACUGCAGAUCGGAAAUCGUUUCAUUCUGGGAUGAGUAGUUAUUUUAGAAGAAGACUAAUGUAGUCUAAAAUGGCUCAAUCUCGAUAAUCAUAUUGCUAAAAUGGUUUUGUCUAUCUUGCGUUGGAACUUACUUUCGCAAUACAGCAAUAAAUACAAUUUACAAUUUUAAUAUAAGAAUUAUCCUAUCGAGGAUGUUAUAAAACUCAUGUGAAUGGCAUAAUGGCGUCUGUAGUUCCUUCGCGAGUUACAUUCAAAAAGAGUCGUAGCUGAUUUUGGAUAACAAUUCUUUCUUUUUUCCUUAUGAAUUCAAUCCAAAAUUUAAUAUUAUUCUUCCAAUUAUUUAUCAACGCAUAAUGUGUUCUAAUAGUCAGUGAAUCCGAAGCGAAAACACUUUGAAAAACAUGUUCACUCUUCUUGUUUCUCUUGCAAAUACUUAAUGAUUAAAUGAUAUGCCUUCACGUCUUAUUUGACCGUUAUGUGAGCGGAGUUCACUUGUCUACAUCGCUUGACGUUAUCUUGGCCACGGUUAGUAGACAAUUGUUCAUAUUGCUAGUAAUACUUAGUCAUUAAGAAAUAGAUAAAUCGAUUUUUAAAACACGCUAUUAAAAAAUAUGCGAACCAUAUCAACUAAUUGAACCUUAUUCUUUCGCUUCGCCGUUGCUUAUUCUAUUGGUAUCGCGAGCAUCAAAACAUUGCGAUAGAUUUGCCUAGAUCACAAUAUAUAUAUAUUUACAUAAUUAUAAAUAAAAAAUAUUAUCUGAACUCAUUACUGUAACAAGGAGUUCAAGAUUGACUUUGCCAUAUAAUAUAUACAUAUACAUAUACUUGUAUGAGAGAUCGGUUCUGAAGACUUAUAUGCAUUGCCAGUUUUGAGACCAUUACGAAGACCGUAAAGCGAUAUUCACACCGAACGUUCCAAAAUUGGUCUAAUGCUGGGUACCAGAAGUUGUGAUGGGCUUGGUUAGGUAUACACUACAUUAAGGUAGCACAGAAUAUCAAUGCUAGAUGCUACAAGUUAUAUUUUUUUUUAACAAAAAUAUUGCUGUGAACGCUAAAUGAUCUGCGAUGUCUUCGUAACUGGCUGCUUUGCUGUUUAGCUGAUAUGUGUAGCGGAUGUAUAUGUAUUGUAUAUAACUGUGUCAGAUUUUUUACAAAAAAUUUGUUUUUGCCCUAUUAUCGCAUUCAUAUAAAUUUAUAUUUUGCUUUUGUCACCGUUGGCAACGAGCACACGCCGAAACGACUUGUUGAAUAAAAUUGAUUUUAUUAUAAAAACGAAACCAAAAAUAUUAAGACAACAAUUUCACGUCACCAAAAGGCACAGACUGUUAGUUUGAAAUUAUUAAAAUAUUGAAUAGAUAGCAAUACUUGAAGCGUUUAUUAUUAACGCCGUCAGAAUUUAAAGGAAACUUCUUUCGUCGAAAAUCAUUUAAAAAUGUUCAUCAACUGUCGAGAAUUCGCCACAUCGAUUCGAGGGAGACGCUGUGCUUCAAUCGCAUUUCCAGGCAAAACUAUAAAUGCGAAUCAUGGAUUUCUUUCGUAAAACCACUUUCAAUUACAAAUUAUGAAUCGGAAACGAAUAUAGGACAAGUGAUUCAUAACAAAUGUAACCGGUAUAAGAUGUUAAAAAUAGCCAUACGAUUUUUUUUAGCUAGAGUAGCAAACUUUAUCAAGAUGUAACAACAAUGAUCAAUAAAGGAACGAUGAAAAAGAAAA